AGCCCGGUGACAUGGGGAGAACAUGCUAACUCAGAGAGGCUCCUCCACCUUGGGGUCGAACAGUGACAGUGCUAACCACUGCUCCACCGUGCCACCCGCUGUGACUUCCUGUGACUGAUUAAUGUCAGAUUAUAAAUAAAGGUUUGAACGUGUCGCCGUCACUGAGCGGCGGCUGGAGGUCAGCGCCAUCUGUUAGACUGAAGAAACUCCACCCACUGACACGCUGACGUUGAUGAUUGACUUCCUGUUUGUCCGUCACAAUGAUGUGUUAAUGUAUCUGUGUGUGUGUUUGUGUGUGUUUCAGACUUGCUGUUUGGAGUCCCAGGGAAAUACACUGGAGUCAGUCACUACAACAGGAAGAGGGUGGUGACCUACACCAUCACGGUGGUGCUGUCCAGAUAUGACGCCAGCUUCCUGAGCAGCCUGCGGUCUCGUCUGAAGCAGCUCCACCCAUCAUCUAACUGCAGCCUGAGAGACGAUCACAUGGUUCAUGUCCACUUCAAAGAGGAGAUCGGCAUCGCUGAGCUCAUCCCUCUGGUCACCACCUACAUCAUCCUGUUCGCCUACAUCUACUUCUCCACACGGAAGAUCGACAUGGUGAAGUCAAAGUGGGGUCUGGCUCUGGCCGCUGUGGUCACUGUCCUCAGCUCUCUGCUCAUGUCUGUGGGACUCUGCACGCUGUUUGGACUCACGCCGACGCUCAACGGAGGGGAGAUCUUUCCAUACCUGGUGGUGGUCAUUGGUCUGGAGAACGUCCUGGUCCUCACCAAGUCUGUGGUGUCCACGCCCGUUGACCUGGAGGUCAAACUACGCAUCGCUCAGGGUCUCAGUAAUGAGAGCUGGUCCAUCAUGAAGAACAUGGCCACCGAACUCUGCAUCAUCCUCAUCGGAUACUUCACCCUGGUCCCUGCUAUCCAGGAGUUCUGCCUGUUCGCCGUGGUCGGUCUGGUCUCUGACUUCUUCCUGCAAAUGUUCUUCUUCACCACAGUUCUGUCGAUUGACAUCAGACGGAUGGAGCUGGCUGAUUUGAACCGCCGCCUGCCAGCUGAAGCAGGACUUCCACCGCCCAAGUCCGGUCCGCUGCGUCCACGUGAGGUGCCCCCUCCCCCACGGCCCUCCCCCCACACCAUUACCUUGCAGACCCCCACCUUCAGGAACCUGAGGCUCCCCAAGAGGCUGCGUGUCGUCUACUUCCUGGCACGCACACGCCUCGCUCAGCGCAUCAUCAUGGUUGGCACAGUGAUCUGGAUCGGCAUCCUGGUCUACACCGACCCUGCAGGAAUACGCACCUACCUGGCAGCACAGGUGUCUGAGCAAAGCCCUCUGGGAGAUCCUGGGGGAGGCGGCCUGGCUCCUCACCUGGGCGUGGCCCCCGUCUUCCGUGGAGGCGAUCCUACCAGCACCCUCAGCAUCCACCCUGCACCGGAUCCGACCCCCUUACCUGAGAACCAAUCACAGGGCCACCACAGCGCUGCCAGGGCAGGGCCCCUACCCCAGGCCCCACCCCCCGCGGUGCCUCAAAUUACCUGGGGAGCCGAGGAUGAGGAGGGCUGGAGGAGGCUGUCCUUCAGACACUGGCCUUCACUCUUCAGUUACUACAACAUCACGUUAGCCAAAAGGUACAUCAGCAUCCUGCCCGUCAUUCCCGUCACCGUUCACCUGAGUCCUCAGGAGGCCAUCGAGACGCGUCACCCUCAGGACACCAGACAUCCACCGCCAUCCAUCCCCAAAGUCUCUGCAGACCUCCAGACGGACCUCACGCUCUACAAGGUGGCGGCGCUGGGCCUGGCGGCAGGUGUCCUGCUGGUUCUGCUCCUCUUCUGUCUCUACCGGGUCCUCUGCCCACGAAACUAUGGCCAGAAUGGCGUCACUCAUGGGCGCCGGCGCAGAGGGGACUUGCCCUGUGAUGACUAUGGCUACUCGCCACCCGUCAGCGAGAUCUCGCCACUGCUGCUGAGGGGCCACAGUAUGGACAUCGAAUGUUUGGCCAGUGACGGGAUGCUGCUGGCUAGCUGCUGCCUGGCAGGACAGAUUCGGGUGUGGGACGCCCAGACUGGAGACUGUUUGACCGUUAUCCCGAACCACGGGCUCAGACGCAGCAGCAGCAGUGGCUGCUGGGAGCAGCGUGAUGGUUGGGACAGUGUGGGCGGAGCCACAGACUCUGAGUGUUUAGAAGCUCACAGCUCGUCUGUCACAGCUGACGUCCUCUCGGAGGAGGAGGGCUACCCUCUGAGACGUCGCUCCGCCCCCGCCCGCCCCACCCUGUUCACUGACCAGCCAGAUCUCACACCACUCAUCGACACCAACUUUGCCUCCCAGCCCCCCUCCCACCUCUGCACCCCACCCAGAGAAGGCUUUGACUUUGGAGGUCUGGUGGAGCGUGCCUACAUGGAGCACGAGCCCCCGUCAUCCUCCACCUACCCGUCUCCUUCCUCAGCCUCGUCCUCGCCGGCAUCAGGAGCUCUGCUCCAGAGGAGACCCAGCUCAGGGGACAACGCCGCCUUCUUAAACCCCGACAGAGGCUGCACCGCGGGGACGCAGGUCACGGCUGACUGGGAGAGCUCUGUGUGGGCCAUGGAGCUGAGAGGGAACCUGAUCGCUGCUGGGCGGAGCAGCGGCAAACUGGAGCUGUGGGACGCAGUCGAAGGUUCGUUACGCUGCGUUAAUGACGACGGCGUCUCUGGGAUCACAGCUCUUGCCUUCCUCAACAACAGGAUCGUGGCAGCUCGGCUGAACGGCUCUCUGGAUUUCUUCACAGUGGAGAUAAACAAACCCCUGGGUCUGGUUCAGUACAGAGGCACCCUCGGGCGAGGCAGCAUGCCUCCGUCUCCCUGUUACAGCAGCGAGGACAUCAUCAGCUGCCAGCUCACGCGCUCCGUUCAGUGCGCCCACCAAAAGCCAAUCACAGUGCUGCGAGCCGCCGCCGGGAGGGUCGUCACCGGGAGCCAGGACCACACUGUCCGGGUGUACCGUCUGGAGGACUCGUGCUGUCUCUUCACGCUGCAGGGUCACUCUGGAGGAAUCACAGCCAUCUACAUCGACCAGACGAUGGUUCUGGCAAGCGGCGGUCAGGAUGGCGCAAUCUGUUUGUGGGACGUCUUGACGGGGAGUCGAGUCAGCCAUGUUUACGGUCACCGUGGUGACGUCACCUCACUGGUCUGCACCACCUCUUGUGUUAUCAGCUCAGGACUGGAUGACCUUAUCUGUAUCUGGGACCGCAGCACAGGGAUCAAACUCUACUCCAUACAGCAGGAGGUGGGCUGUGGAGCCAGUCUGGGCGUGAUCUCUGAGUCUCUCCUGGUGACGGGGGGUCAGGGCUGCGUCUCCUUCUGGGAUCUGAACUUUGGUGACCUGCUGCAGACGGUCUACCUGGGCCAGAGCAGCGACGGUCAGGGCGUGCGGCAGCUGCUGGUUCUUGACAAUGCCGCCAUCAUCUGUGACUUCGGCAGUGAGCUCAGCCUGGUGUACGUGCCAUCUGUGCUGGAGAAACUGGACUGAGGACAGACGGAUGACAGAAAAUCAUGCACUCAGAACUUAACUUCCUGUUUCUUUGCUUUGUGUUGUUUAGAGACGCGAUCAUGUGACCAUGUGAUCAUGUGACCAUGUAAAGCUGUUUUUCUCUGACUGAUUGUACAACCUGCUGCAUUUGAUGGUCGCAGGGUGACGAACACUGGAUGAUGAAUUGUUGACGUUUCUCCACCCGUCAUCAGUUUAUGCUUUUUUUAACACAUGUGUUUGUUGUGUGGCUCCGCCCUCAAUGCUGCUUUAGUGGGUGGGGCUUCACUGUGACCCUGCCCACCCAGAGAGGAAGAUAAAGUUGUCUCUUUAUUUUUUAAUAUUCCUGCUGCCUCUUUGGCUCGACAGCAGAGCGCAGCCACAGCGAGCUCUGCAGGUCUGCGGCCUGUCAGACAAGCUGUGAAUGAAUGAAUGAGUGAAUCUGAACCUGCUGAGAACAAACUGUGUGAGUGAGUGACGGAGACGUGAAGAUCACUGUACAAAGUCAGCCUGUUUUUAUAUGUAUAAAUCUUAUUUAUUAGUGAUACAUUUUGGAAUAACAGUUUGUUUAUGAAUGUCGGCUCUUAAAAAAAACAAUAUAACAAAAUAAUGAUAAAGA